CAUCAAUCCCCAUAAGAUAUAAAAAAAAAUGUCGAUUUCUCUAUCUUCCCAUAUUUGUCUCUUCACGUUAUUAUGUUCCAGUCUGUUGAUCACCACGAUUGGCACCGAUGCUCGGCCAUCGUGGCACGAACGUCGGUCUAACACUCUGUUCAUAUUCGGGGACUCUUUAUUUGAUGCCGGAACCAAUAACUUCAUCAACACCACAGCAGAUUUCCAAGCGAAUUUCUUUCCUUAUGGGGAGAGCUUCUUCAAGUAUCCCACCGGGAGGUUCUCCGACGGUCGUCUCAUCCCGGACUUCAUCGCUGAAUUGGCAGGACUGCCACUAAUUCUUCCAUAUCUACAUCCCGAGUUUCGGUUUAUCAGCGGGGCAAACUUUGCAUCUGGCGGGGCCAGUGCUCUGGUCGAAACUUAUGAAGGAUUUGUGGUGAACCUCAAGACUCAGAUGAUGCAAUUCGAGGAGCUCAAGAAGAGACUCAAGAAGAAUUUUGGGGAUGAACAAGCCGGAAAUAUUGUAUCCAAGGCUGUUUACAUGGUCAGCAUUGGAGGCAACGAUUACCUCUUACCUAUAAGGUUGAACUCAACUGUAUUUCAGUCCCAUUCUCACGAAGAAUACGUAGCAAUGGUAAUCGGAAACCUCACAACAGUGAUCAAGGUUUCAAGGAAGGGAAGAAGGCAUGUUGCGGGUCGGGUCUGUAUCGAGGGAACUAUAGCUGUGGAGGGAAGAGAGGGGAGACAGUGUACGAACUUUGUCGAGAUCCCUCCGAAUAUGUCAUCUUCGACGCAGUUCAUCCCUCCGAGAGGACUUAUCGGCAAUACGCAGAAAUACAUUUGGCUUCACAUGUGUAUGUAUGUAUAUAUAUAUAUAUAUAUAAGAUCUGGAAGAGGGGAUGAUCAUCCUCGCUUGCUCGAAAUGUCGAUUACUCGCUCGUCCCAUAUUCUCCUCUUCACAUUACUUUCCAUUCUCUUGAUCCUAGGCACCGAUGCUCAGCCUUCAUGGCCCGAAAGGCAGGCUGCUCUGUUUAUAUUCGGGGACUCAUUAUUUGACGCCGGAACAAAUAACUUCAUUAACACCACAACAGCGCUCCAAGCUAAUUUCUUUCCCUAUGGGGAGAGCUUCUUCAAGUAUCCCACUGGGAGAUUCUGCGAUGGCCGUCUGAUCACGGACUUCAUCGCUAAAUCUGCGGGACUGCCACUGAUUCCUCCAUAUCUUCACCCCAAGUUUCGGUUUAUUGGCGGUGCGAAUUUUGCAUCUGGUGGGGCAGGUGCCCUUGUCGAAACUAAUGAAGGAUUUGUGGUGACCCUCAAGACUCAGAUGAUGCAAUUCGAGAAGCUGGAGAAAAAACUGAAGAGUAAAUUCGGAGACGAAGAAGCUGGAAAAAUUGUAUCCAAGGCCGUUUACAUGAUCAGCAUUGGAGGCAACGACUACUACUUUCCUAUAAGCUCGAACUCAACUCUAUUUCAGUCCCAUUCUCACGAAGAAUACGUAGAAAUGGUGAUUGGAAACCUCACCACAGUUGUCAAGAAAAUAAAUAGCAAAGGAGGACAGAAUUUCGGAUUCGUAAACCUUGGGCCGCUCGGUUGCUUUCCGCUAACUAGAGCUCUAGCAGGCACUUCAGGUGCUUGCCUCAGUGAACUCAAUGAGCUAGCAAAGCUCCACAAUAGAGCUCUUCCGAAAGCCCUCGAUAAGCUGGCAAACGAACUAGAUGGAUUCAAGUACUCGAUUUUCGACUUCUUCAAUGCUGGCAUUCAGAGGAUUAACAACGCUUCCGAAUUUGGUUUCAAGGAAGGGAAGAAGGCAUGCUGCGGUUCGGGUUUGUAUCGAGGGAACUUUAGUUGUGGAGGGAAGAGAGGGGAGGCGGAGUACGAACUCUGUCGGGAUCCCUCCGAAUAUGUCUUCUUUGAUUCGAUUCAUCCUUCCGAGAGGACUUAUCGUCAAUUAGCAGGGUUGAUGUGGAAUGGAAGUUCCCCUACAGCUGGUCCUUACAACUUACGAUCACUGUUUAAACUUGCGCAGGAAAAAUAAUUUGUGGAAUUUCUAAUAUGGGUAUUGGAAAAUGUAAUAAAUUUUGGGUCAACUCCUCUAAUUCAAACAUUGAAUUAAUUUGCCCACUGA